GGUGUCCCAGCCGAGCUGGAGCCCCGAGCUGCUCACUGGCCCGCAGGGCCCACCUGUCCGGCCUCGGCCCUCUGCGGGUGCCCCAGGUGGCUCAGAGCGGGGAGGAGACGCGCCCCGCCCCGCCCCGCGUGGCCGCAGCCAACGCCAGCCCCCUGCGGGCGCGCUGGGAGCCGAGGCCCGGAGCCGAGCGAGUGCGCCGAGGGCCGGGCUGGCGCGGGAGGCGCAGGUGAGAAAAGAUGGCCAGUUCCUGCUGACUGAGGGAUUCAUUAGUUGAGGUGGGUUGGAGGUUACUUCCUUUGGGCACAGACCCCUUCACUGCAGGAGCGGAGUCUGACAGCCACGCUCUCUCUCAAGAUACUGGACAUUUGCACUUUGCCACCUCUGGGUCAGAAUGCUGCCCCUUGGUCACGCUCUGGCUGUAGCAGUUGUCCAGAUCUUUAUCUUCUCAGAAAACCGAGCUUUGGCCAAGAACAUCAACUUCUAUAAUGUGAGGCCUCCUCUUGACCCGACACCAUUUCCAAACAGCUUCAAGUGUUUUACCUGUGAAAAUGCAGGAGACAAUUAUAACUGCAAUCGAUGGGCAGAAGACAAAUGGUGUCCACAAAAUACACAGUACUGUUUGACAGUCCAUCACUUUACCAGUCAUGGAAGAAGUACAUCAAUCACCAAAAAGUGUGCCUCCAGAAGUGAAUGUCAUUUUGUCGGCUGCCACCACAGCCGAGAUUCUGAACAUACAGAGUGCAGGUCUUGCUGUGAAGGAAUGAUCUGCAAUGUGGAACUACCCACCAACCACACUAAUGCGGUCUUUGCUGUAAUGCACGCUCAGAGAACGUCUGGGAGCAGCGCCCACACACUCUACCUGCCAGCGCUUGCCUGGGUCUUCAUGCUUCCAUUGAUGUGAUGCCUUUAUUCCCAGGAGGGGCAGAGACCAGCCCUCUGAAGCACAAACUGAAAACUGUGUAAACAGUGAACUUUUGAGCAAAGACAAAUCUUGCAAUUGAUGAGGAGUACAGUUGUUUGCUUAGCUAAAAUGCUCUUGCAUGAGGCCAUGGAAUUGAGGAAGGGAAUGUGGCCCAGACUGAGGGCAUAAUCUGCUUCCAGGCUUCCUGGUCAAAAAGGCUGCAUUAUAUCACUUUUGCAGGGAGGAUCCUGCCAGCAUCUACAAUGGGCAGGUUGUGGUAGCUGAUAUUGUCCCUGCCCGAUUGGUCCUUUAGCUGAAAGGACUCCUUGACCUCACUGACUCCUUCAGAGGCUGCUGGCUCAGAUCCUCUUAUUCUGGGAUUAGUUCAGAGUGUCUCUAGGAAAUCCAAACCUUCCCCUGAAGAGAAAGCAAUUUCCCUGACCAUGUGUAGCCAAUGGGAAAGGCAAGUAAAGGAGGAAAAACUCCAGUUGAAUUACUAUGAAACUCAUUUGCUAAUUGUGUGUGGGGGAGGGGAAUAAAGCUUUUAAAUUAUACAGUGUAAAAUGCAUGGGUGUGUGUUUCUUGACUUUCAUGAAGAUCUCAGAAGAAACACGUCUACCAGUGUCAUAAAGGAGGUCACUGCAGAGAUGUUUUCCAUGCAUCCUGGCUGAUUGUUUUCUGGCUUAAAGUAUAAAAUUUCAUGCCCAAGUGACUUAGUCUUUAUUUUCCCUUUGGGGAAGUACACUUCUUAGGAUGCUAAAUGCAAAAUUAGUGAAUUGAGGUGGUCAGAAAACUUCCCUGAUCAAGAUGGAUGGUAUCUUACCACACGACGUAUCCUCAGAAGUAGCAGAGUGAAGUCCGAGAACCUGGCCCACAUAGUCAGCUUCUGUCUGAAUGGCAGGGCCGCAAAGAGAACCUUUGUAAAAACAUCCUAAACCAUUUUGUCCCCUCGUUUCCUUUUCUUUCCCUUGUAUAACAGUCUCAGAAUUUAAAAUGACCACCUUUUUUUUUAUUCCUAGACUCCUGAUUUCCUGCCUUACACUUUGGGGUGAUCUUUAGACACUCUGCCUUUGUACGGAUAGUGACGAGUUAAUGGGGUUCUUGUUUUUGCAUUGAGCACCCACCAUGAGCACACUGAGUGCUCCACAGAACCCAUUAAUGGUUCCGUCCUUGCCACGUGCACUCACCUACGAGGGGGGUUGGCAAAUUGUGGCCCAUGGGCCAAACAUGGCUCACUGUUCUUAGUCUGCUAGACUGCUGUAACAAAUAUACCGUUGAUUGAGUGGCUGAAUCAACAACUUUUAAUCCUCACUGUUCUGCAUGCUGGGAAGUCCAAGUCAAGAUGCUGGCAGACUGUGGUCUGGUGAGCAUCCUCAUCCCGGUUUGUAGAACACCAUCAGUUUGGAGGCUCACAAGGCAGAGAGCAGGGAGAGAGCUCCAUUCCCUUCAUUCCCAUUCAUGAGGGCUCUACAUUCACGAUCUAAU